GUUUUUUUACUUACCUGAGCAGUGAACAUAGACAGAAAGAUAGAUACAAGUUUAAAGGUUGAAACUGUCUAGUUCUAGCUGCUAACUUUCCUACCUGGCUUGUAGACUUCUCAGUGUGCUUGGAAUAUUAAUGUCAAGGGUGGGCAGUCUCUUUGUGGCAGUCUCAGUUAGGAUGGUGGGUGGACAGCUUGAACUAGGACCAGGAUUGUGUUAGAUGUGCCUGAAGUGAUUGGUUGUGCCUCAUUGUGCUCAGUAGCUCCUCCAUUGCCAGGAUUGUGUUAGUUGUACUGACUAGCUGUUCCAGAUUGUGUUGGUCCUGAUCCAUCUUGCUCAGGGAAUCAACAGCAUACUAACGCCUUGACCAACACAAACAUUUUCAGACUCUGAGGAAGAAACAUCCAUGUACUAACAGAAAAAUUUGUGAUAAAUCCAGAAAUAUUGGUGAGUGGAUAAUUCAGCAUCAAGAUGAAGGAUCAUUAUGCUGUGUUAGGGCUCACUAGGGGGGCCGGGGACAAGGACAUCAAGAGGGCCUUCCACACUCUGGCCCGAGAGCUGCACCCUGACAAAAACAGCUCCCACAAUGCUAACGAUAAGUUUAGGGAGGUGAAAGAGGCCUAUGAGGCUCUGAAAGAUGAAGAUUCCAGAGAGUCUUACCAUCUGGAUUGUGACUUUGAAGAAAUAAAGAAGAAGUGCAGUAUGGCAAAGAGCAGUACAUCUUACUCCAGUAAAACUGGUUAUGGAGGCCGAUCCAGAUAUCACUUUUACUCCACAAGCUCACCUUUCUCCAAUUUCCGGGAUGGGUUUGACUUCAAAUUUAACGACUCCUCAGACACGGCUGAUGACACGCCUGGUGCUUAUAAAAAGUACAACAAUAGUUAUAAGGAAAGUAAGCCAAAGUCCAAACCAAAAUCAAAACCAUUCACUGAGAGAAAACCAAACCGCAGCUUCAGGACCAGUUUCAAUGUCGGGGGUGUCCCCAUGUUUUCCUUCAGUGCUUUCUGUAACAUGGGGAACUUUGACACGGAGUUUGAAGCAUUUUUCGACGACCCAAUUUUUAGCAGUCCUUACUUCUCUAGGUACGGACAGCGCACUCCAGGGUUUCGGAGUAGUAGUCGUGCCUCCCCGGAUGACUUUGCUAAACAGAAACCACACAAGCCCAGUAGGCAACGUCACAAGAAACACAAGUACAACAUGUACGGCUACGACUCUGACCUGGACGAUGACCUCUUUGACUGGACUCCUAAGACAAAGCCUGGUGGACCCUAUGUUGACCAGACUGAGGAUUAUUACAGCUCAGAAGAUGAUGAGGAACAAGACAGCAGAGAUAUCAGAAAAUUCCAAUGUCCCAACUGCACUAAGAUGUUCACUCUUACAAAUCUGAUAAAGCAUGAAAAAACCUGCGGCCCGUGGUCAGCACGAUACAACACAGAGAGCGACUGGCGCCAGCAACGAGAGGAAAUGUUGAAUAAAGUGCGCUCUGACAAAAAAGCUUCACGUGCAGCUAAAAAGGAGUCACACCCAUCUCAUGAAGAGACUCCAACAUACAAGUUUAAUGAUCCAAAGCGUAUCCAGUGCCAAUUCUGCUAUCGGUACUUCAGUUCCACGGCCGCCAACAAGCACAUCCCUUUCUGUAUGGAUCACACCAGUACUACUUAUAAACCCCCGCCAUCGCAUAGAGCAUCGUCAGAAAAUCCUGAGGAGGACACUGAGAACCCGCAGGAUGAGGAAAAUGCUGAAUCUCACCAGUCCAGAGAGAGCUCCCCUGAUGACUCUGUCAGAGGAAAGAGAUCUUCUCGUUCAAAAGAAUCUCCUGGCCCAGAGAACACUUACAGUAGACACAGAGCAGGGAGCAGGUCUUGAUGGAGGAUGGCAGUAGGGAGAAUAUGGCCACAGGUCAGACCAGAAGGUCAGGUUGGAGAAGAUUGAGAAGAAAAGUAACGUUAUAGAGGGGAGGGAAACUUCAAAGUAAAGGAUCAGAAUCAGGGAUUAAUGAAAACAGAAACAGGAGGAAGAGGAGCAAAGAUGAAUCAAAUCAGUGAUUACCCAUCACAUAUUUUCAUCAUGAUACUGAUUUGAAGAAAACUCAAUUCAUCAUUGGACAUUUCAUUUGUCCAAAGCCAUCCUUUACAAGGUCUUGAUAUUUAUUCCGCACUGCUUCAUUAUCGUGUCAUGCUGUUUUAACUUAAAAGUGACUUCAUGGCAAGGAGAACAAAGCGUGCCCCACCCCCACCCCACCGUUUUCGCCCCCUCCAUUUCUGUUGAUAUUUACACAUUUCCCUGGGGGUGGGGUGAGCUUUUUUUUCCCACAUAUAUAAGAUAUUACUGGUACUUGUAAAAUUUCUUAUAAUUUGACAAUAAUAUCUUACUCAUCAGAAAAGCCUAAAAAUAUUUGUUGAACUGCCUUGUUUCUAUAAUAUGUACACAUAAGGUGCUGGUAUAGUAAUUAUGUGUAUGUUCUGACUUUUAAGAUGGCAAAUGAGUAUUACUUGUUAUUCUGAGUAUUCAGUAUUAAAAUGUUGUUAAUUAUUUGAGUGUUAAAUUAUGCCAUCCUUGAUCUUCUGAAUGGCACCAGCUUUGAAAUCUUUAAAAAGAGAGCUGCUAUUUUCUCUAACUCUGUGGAUCUGGUGUAUAUUUAUAAGUUUUAAGUUUAAUGAUUGCUUAUUAAUCAUUAAUAUAUUGUUUCACAUAGUUUAUAUUAUCUUCAUAUCAUCGCUUGUUCAAAUACGCAGGAGGCGGGAGGACGUGUACUAUUUAUGAAUUUUGUUUUGUUUUCAUUGGAAUAAAUAAAAAUUAAUCUUA